AUGAAGGCUCUGUCGUAUCUUCUCAACGAGACAGUAGCCCAUGCGGUGAGGUCGACCAUUAAGUCGAGGUCGGAAGACGGCCUCAGCGGCGGCAGGGUGUUUGCGGACGUCCUUGGCCGUGUGGACUUCUUGAAGGACGCAACAGACGUGGUUGCUCCGUCCACGCUCUCCUACAUGAACAGGAUCGGCUACAACGUGGGCUUCAAAACGGCAAACAUACUACUCAUGGAGAACACAGACGCCACCUCUCUCGGCAAUGUGUCCACAACGGCCUUGGUCGACAACCCGCUCGAGGCAAUGAAGUUCAUCUGCAGAGAUGUGUGGAAAAACCUCUUUGGGAAGCAAAUGGACAACUUGCGGACCAACCACAUCGGCACCUUUGUGCUCAUCGACAACAAGCCUGUGCCGUAUGCGUCGUGCCACUUCUACGAAGGUUCUGCCGCCGUCAUAGACAAUUCCGGCUCCACCUCUACCCUCAGCACGCCCCGCAAUAUGACCAUCAGCUCGUUCAAUUCGCUCCCGGGGGUCUCUGAAACCGACCAGGAGCAGGGUCAGGACACAAUCACCGACCCAACCUUGCUACGUGCCAGUGCCUACCUUGAGUUCAACUGCGGCGUCAUCCAGGGCGUCCUCCAGUGCCUAGGCGUGGGCUCUGGCAUUGCCAGUGUUUCUGUUCAGCCCGAAGAGGAAGGCAGAAACGGCGACGCGAGAAGCGUCGUUUAUACUGUGGAGACCAGAUCCGCUUGA